AUGGCCAGCCCCGAGGGUGCCAGCCCCCACCCAGGGAACCGGGCCAUCCACCCGCCUGCCUGGCUCAUCUUCACCCCUGAGCUGGGGCCAUCACCCGUCGGCGACUUGUGCACGAACAUGGGACAUCUCAGCUGUGUGGAGAGGUACCUGCCCCCCAUGGUGACGAUGGGUGUCAGGGUGACGGCGGGCGAGGAGGGUGACGGUGGGCGAGGAGGAGGAUGGCGGGUGUCAGCAGGUGGCGCGCUGGAGCCCUCGCUCAGCCCCCAGGCCUGCAGCAGCAGCAGCAGCGAGGGCAGCUGCAGUCAGAUGCCCUCGCGUUGCAGCCUGCCCCGCUCCAGCAAGCGCCUGCGAGGAGCCAGCCAGGGACCAGGGGAAGGAAGGGCCAAGGGCAGCUCUGGCCUCUCUCCUGCUCCAGCCCCUGGGACGGAUGGCGAGAUCCUGACUGGGGAUUUUUCCAGGCCCUGCUCUCUGCCGCUGGAGGAUGGCCAGCACCGGGAUCUGCGUUACGUCAGCCCCGCCACAGUGGCUUCCCUGCUGUGCGGCCAGUUGGCUGGGGUGGUGGAGGAGUACGUGGUGGUGGACUGUCGCUAUCCCUAUGAAUACGCGGGGGGACACAUAAAGGGCGCCCUGAAUCUGUACCGAGAAGAGCAGCUGGCGAGGUGGUUCCUGCCGGAUCCCUUGGGCACGACCCCAUGCCCCCGCAGCAGUGUCCUGAUCUUCCACUGCGAGUUCUCCUCUGAGAGAGGCCCCCGAUUGUGCCGCAGCCUGAGGAGAAUGGACCGUGAUGCCAAUCAGUACCCGGAGCUCUGGUACCCAGAGCUGUAUGUGCUACGUGGCGGCUACAAGGAGUUUUACCAGCACUUCCAGGAUCUCUGCGAGCCCCAGGGCUAUGUCCACAUGCGACACAAGGACUUCCGAGCCGAGCUUAGGAACUACCAGCGGAGGAAACAGCCUUGGAGCCUGCGCAGGAUCCGCAAAGAGCUUUUCAAGCCCCUGUUCCCAGGGUCUCCCUUCCCAUAG